CUCCGUUUGGCUGGAGCGUGUGCAGUCACAAGUCGAUCGUGAUACGCGCGCGCGCGGGCUGCAAGCGGGCGCGGGCAUCAGGCAGGAUCUUCUCGCCCGCUGCUGCUGCUGGGCGCGUUCACGCGGCAGUCAGUCGAGUCGUCCGCAACUGGUGAGACUGGAUGGUCAGCAGGGCAAACGACGCGAGCGGCGAGAGAUUUCGUAGUUGGUCCAGACAAAGUGACAUCUCUACGUUCCCCUUCGUAUCACUUCUGCCGCACCUCUUCACCUCGCCCCGCAUACAUCUCGUUGUGAGAUCAGAUCUACGGUCUUUGGCACGAUCCUGCAGCGGAUUUCCCAGAUUGUGCAUUGGCCUCGGGCGUCCAUUCGCUCCGCAAACACAACCCAACCUUCUUCAAUCCCGUCCCGAGCCGCCAUGAUGCUUGCAACCGGGCUUCGCACCGUCUCACGCAUCGCACCCCGAACAGCCUCCAGGGGUCUGCUCACCAAGGCCGAAGAAUGGACUCCCCAAAUGGUCAAGGAGAUCGAGGCGAACGGUGCGCCGAGCGUUGAUUUGAAAGCUACUUUGCCCAACAUUGAAGCUCGAUGGAGCAACCUGUCAAAGGAGGAGCAAUACACCAUCUACCGUAAGCUCGAAGAGGUCCAGCGACGGGACUGGAAGGAACUCUCGCUAGACGAGAAGAAGGCUGCUUACUACAUUUCGUUCGGUCCUCAUGGCCCUCGCAAACCCAUCACCCAGCCCGGACAAGCCAUCAAGACUGCUGCCGGCGUCACUGGUCUCAUCAUUGCCACUUUUGGCCUCUUCUUCGGAUUGAGACAAUUCGCCAACCCCAACCAGCCAAAGACCAUGACGAAGGAGUACCAAGAACAAUCCAACGAGCUGGCUCGCCAACAGAACCAGAACCCAAUCACCGGUAUCUCUUCGGAGGGCUACAAGGGCGAGGGACACGUCCAGAAGUCUUAUGUCUGAGCGACGACCUUCAUUACUACAACUGGACUCGAUCAAGCCGAAUGCGAAUGCAUGUCAUUCUAAUCAAUGUGGUGGCGCGGAUGGCAUUGCCAAUGCGGAGAAUGCAGGGGACAGAGCAUACAGAUAGACGAUGUUUACAAAUUGAUGCUGGGCUUCUGUACCGAUUGACGGGAGGCGUGUCAGCAGGAAGGCUAACAACACAGAGCGAUGCAUCACACAGUCG